AGUACGUGAAAUGUUGGUAAACUAAGUACAUCAGUAAACAAUUCUUGUGUAAAGGUGAUCUUGGUUUUUUUUUAAAUGUGUUGCAAUAAUAUUUCAAAUCAACUUACAUUCAAUCAGAACAUAAUUGUUAAUAUCGAUACUUUAUAAAUAUUAUAUGUGAAGUUAAAAAGAAUUGUAUUGAUUGCAGAAUUCAAAAGUUUUGCAAUAAAAGUGUUAUACUACGCAUACUUGUUAUAAUAACUACAUACAUAGAUUUAUGUAGUUUAUGCGACCAAUAAAAAAACAUAUAUACUACUUUACUUGCAUUUGUAUGUGAAUUUAUUUACGUAUACAAAUAAAUAAAGUUUUCAACAGGAAAGCAAAUAAAAUACGCGAUCAAUUUAAUUUUUGUUUAAUGCGACAGUUACCAAGAAUGUUAAUGUUGCAAUAUAGUAAGCAUGGAGAGUGCAUACUCAAAGAAAUUGGUGCAGCAUUUAGAGGCGAACAUCCUGCCGACCUGACCAUCGUUUGUGAGAACAAAGUGAAACUGCAUGCGCAUAAAUUAGUUCUUGCAGCAGCAAGUCCAUUGAUAAGAAUGUUAUUGGAAGAUACGCAAUUACCCGAUUGCACAACAACAGUAUACUUUCCUGAUGUUAAUGCAACAUAUUUUAAGUUUCUCUUAGAUUUCUUGUAUUCCGGACAAACUUGCAUUACAUCCCGCGAUGUAAAUUAUUUACACGAUUUACUUUUGUUACUCCAAAUAAAGUCCGAUAAUUGGAAAACAACGGAUUCUACAAUUAUUAAUAAUAAAUGCAAUAACUUACGUGAACGUUUUGGCUCCGAUACUGUAAAAAGUGGACAGACCAGUAACAGUUCGAGUUUAGAACAUUCCUUGAAAGCUGAAAAUGAUAAUAGCAAUGAUGCAAAACAAUCUUCCGAAGGUUUUGGAAAUUUAGAUGAACAACAGGAUAACAAUGAGUACUUAGAAAAAGACCAAGAUAGCAAAGAUUUACGCAAUGAUAUAUUGAUGUUUAAGCAUGAAAAUUUAACAGAUUUCCAAGCAAAUGGAAUACGAAAUGGAUCUGCACCUCUUAAUCCUGUAAAUUUAUCUUUAGAUUUAAGAACAAAACAUGAAAAUGAUGAUUCCGAUACAAAAUGUUCAGAAAAGCAAACCAGAAAUUCAGAUAUAUAUUCGCUGCAUGGUAGUGAUAGUAUAAAGCGAAAAACUUUUUAUUUCGAAUCAAAUAAAGAAGUAUUACAAGGUCUGGCCGAUCAUUCGGAACUAAAUAAUUCACCUGAUAAUUAUGUUGUAACUCCGCAUAGAAAACGACGACCUGGUUUUCAUAAUUCUCCAAAUCAUAAUCAACCGUUUGCUUCAUGUCAACCUAAUUUGUUAGAUGAUCUGCGCUCAUCCAAAUCUUCGUCUUAUGUAUCAGAAAAAAAUUUAUCAUCUUACGAGGAUGAUAUACAAAAUCCUGUCGAACUUUUAGCCAAUCGUAAAAUCCUGCAAAACCAUAUACCGAGACCACAGAGCCCUGAAACAUCAUUACAUAUAACACCGGAAUUCGUAUAUCAAUGGCAAUCAAAACAAAAUUCAUCUAUGUCGACAUUAUCUGGCUUACAAACAGGAUUAACAAGUAUAUCACACAUAAACCUAAAUUUAGAUUCAUUGAAUCGUGAUAAUCCGGGACCAGGAAAAGAUAUAUCAACGAACAAUGCUAAUAUGUGUAAUAUGCAUAAUACAGUUCGAGAAUAUCGUUGCGAAUAUUGCGGAAAACAAUUUGGCAUGUCAUGGAACUUAAAAACUCAUCUGAGAGUUCAUACAGGUGAGAAGCCUUUUGCAUGCCGCCUCUGUGUAGCGAUGUUCAAACAGAAAGCUCAUCUUCUAAAACAUCUCUGUUCCGUGCAUAGGAAUGUAAUAACCACAACAAAUGGUUCAGAAUCAACAAGCAGAUAUAGUUGCUGUUUUUGUUCCAUGUCCUUUAAAAGUGUUCAAGAAUUAGUGCGACAUUUAUCUGGUCACCAUAACAAUUUGCUUCUUACUAAGAAUCUGCGUGAAUAAUAUUUCCAAUAUAUUAAAUACAAACAAAUUAAUAGUAUAUACUUGUGUAUAUAAGUAUCAGUAAAGUUUUUAACAACUGUUGCUGUAUGUAAAUUAAAAACACAAAUAAAAAUGAAAAAAAGGAAAAGUAAAGGAACUCAAAUAAAAGCAGUGAACCUGAAAUUCUACUUAUGCUGAAUAAUAUAUACAUACAACAUACAAAGUGACCUGAAUGUUUUAUUAUAUAAAUUU